GGACGAAAUGGGCAAAUAAGGCCGUCUUUAGACAAGUGUUGUCAUUAAGGUUUACUGCACAGUGAUAAGUGUUUACCUCUGACUUAGAGGUUCACCAAGGCAAACGUCCCUUUUCAGGAGGAAUAGUAGUAAAUAAAGGCAGGGCGAAUAACAAUCUAGAAAUUAGAGACAUGUACAAAGUAUGAUAACCAUGUUGUGGAGUAGUAGAAAAGGGCUAGGUGCGAUCGAUGCUCUAUAAACUUAUCUUCUGCAGGUGGAUUUCAUAUGAAAUAGAAAGGUUUGAACCUAUAGAGCUUGGUGAAUAAUUAGGGCAACGUCAUCAUGGAGUCGUGUUGUGGGAAAUUCGUUUUUGUUGCAUGGGUUGCAGCAGCUUUGAUGCUUCCUGUGGUCUUCUGCCAGACAGAUGCACCAACUGUUGCUCAGAGCAUUUCACCGAGGACCCAAACACCGAGUCAGAGUAACACGGAGAUAUACCAAUGGGUUGUCGGGAUCGUCUCUGUCCUCAUCGCAUUCACUCUCAUCACUAUCAUCGGUCUUCUCUUCAGACUCUUCUUCCAUUACGUACAGGAAAGAAGGUUAAAAAGGUUUGGUUAUCUUCGAUCAAAAGUUAGAAGAGGAAGACGCCGAGAUCGCUCUCAACGCGCAUACGUGAUCGCAACCAAACGACCACCACCUGUCCCUACCCUCUCCCAACGCGUACAUGUCGACGAGUACGGACAUCCCGUGGUCGAUGAUUACGGAUAUAUACCCCCUCCACCUCCCCAUUCUCCUCCCGCUCCGCCGAUUAAUUAUCAGUCUGGUGUGGUCCAUAAUUCUAGCCGGUCGUUUGUCCCUAUCGUAGAUUCGUACCCCGAGCCUCUUUCUGAUGGUUUGCUCAUGGCUUUUCCGCAACCUUACCAAGAGCAGCAAAUUCCGUCACAGCUGACCAAUCAGGGGCAAGAUACGCACGUGACCCGUCCAUCACGCCUCCAGCAUGGCCCCUCCCAUCCGCCAACUAUACCAGAGGAAGACCCAAUACCAAACCUCACAAACCAAGAUGCGUUACCACAGCAACAAGGAAAGGAACAUCGAUCAUCAACAUCUAAGCAAGAAGAGGAUCUCCCACGGGACCACGAUCAUCGUCGAUCUAUCAGCGCCGCGUCUGUUGAAGAUUACGGUGGAUGGCGCCGCUCUGCUCAUGACGACGAAUUCAUCUUCGGUAGACGAGAUUCGAGUCGACGAUCAGGCUCUCGAUCUCAUCGUCAUCAUUCAGGGAAUCGUCGAGAUCGAAACGAUCGGGAUCCUAUUUAUCAGUCGUUAUCGCCAUCCGUGGUCGAACAGGCAGUCGUGAGAAACCCCAUGCAUACGCAUAAUAGAAGGUUUUAGCUAUCGUUUUGUUCACACUCGCUAUUUCGUUUACAUGAAUAAUAUGCAGAGGGUAUGUUUGCAUGCUGGUUUGUGAAGGCAAUUACAGGAUGAAAAUAAUGCUAGUAUACGAAAUCAUCAAUGAAUUGUAUAAUGAAUGAUAUAUAUUAGUCAAAUAUAAUUACACCUGUACAUACACAUUUUUUUGAUAAGGAAUGAGAAAUGUAAAAUAUAUAUAUAUAUAUAUAUUUUCGUGUGUAGAUAGUAACAUCCAAAAUAAAAAGAGCGGGACCCAUAUCAACAACUUUUUUUGUCUUUUUUUCUUUACCAUAUCGACAACCUUGAUAAAGUUCUUGAUAAUGAUAACAUUGAUCCUGAAGAUUCAUUAGUACAAAAUAAUCGACGACCCCUAUAGCAGUUAUCGCAUACUUAGGCUGACUUUAUUGUACAAAUACGGAUAAUAUUCUGGGUUUAUAAUAGCGCUGCCCACAUCGAAGAUGUCCCCAAGCAUCUUCCGUAUAUACUAAUACCCCGUUAAUCGUAUUCAGGCUUGACGGCAUACAAUGCAUGCGCAUUCUCCACUCCGAGGGGGGAGCAUCUAGACAGGAGCCACUGUACAGACGCUCACACUGCUGAGCCAACUACAAUGUUAUCGCAUCCUUUCGGGUAGCCCCUUAUUUACAUCCGGGUGGAGAGACAUAAUGUAAACCUAUAUCAAAUGUCUUCCUUAAGGACUUAAGGUCAAGCAUUUAAACCACUCGACUACUACACGUCUGUAAUCGUAAUCACAAGUUGUAUCAAGUCAUUGAUAUGGGACCAGUCCUUUAAUCAGGUCAUCUAGACAAAUAACAAACUGGUAAAACACACAUUUGAAUUCCUUGCGAAGAAAAAUUCACGUUAUAUGAAUAUCUUCAUGAGCCUUAGAUCUGGUCUCAUCAUGAAAAAAUAUACGAUACCGUUCUAAAAAUCAACAUUUUCUGUAUCAUAUUACUCUUGACUUCAUUCACCUAGUAUGCUAUACUUUCUCUCCGUCAAGCACGAGUCAAUAAGAGGUUGAUCAUUAAUAAUGAUCGUACAUUGUAGGUUAUGUUAUAUUUUACCCACAAAAUGGUCAUUUUGUGGCACAUCUAUGAUUUCCGGGGGGGGGGAUUUCUAAAAACAAUAUCUGUAUUAUAAUUAUUUAAAUUUGUCUGUACUCUAUUAAAAUUUAAAUCCUACCAUGUUUACGGUGCGAUUUUAACAAAAGAAGAUGGACCUACAAGAUGACCGAGUUCUUAGGUUUACCUUCGUCCAACAUGAUUUAAUUACUCGCAUUAGGCUUGAAUUUUUGAAUGAGUAGAAUACAGGCCUAACACAUGAAUGUGUAUGAAAGUAUAGCAGAAAUUCUUUAUGGGUGCUCGAUUAGCCCCUACAUCUGAGAAUGAAAAUUAUAUCAUAUUGUUAUCAACUGGUAUUUGGAUUAACUAAAAAUAUAGUUAAUAAAUGUCCAAACAUGACUGUGAACUCUUAUUUUCGUUUACUUUAACAAAAUUAUCCGAUACAUCGCCUAUAUGAUAAUGUACGCUGUUUUUUUUUUUUUUUACAUCCACUACCAACUGAUUAAACUGUGACGCCAAUAUACCCAGGUGAGGUAAAUGGGUACCUGGUAGGAUUACUCCUUACGGCUGGAGCUAAAGCAAGGGUUAUAAUUUGCAAAGCUCUUAUACAAAAACGGAUUAUUAUUAUUAUUAUCAUUAUUAUUCUGACAUUUUAUACAUUUAUUUAUACGUUUUUCAACUUUACCUUCGAACAUUCAAUAUUUGUUAAUGUAAGUACUCCGGUUUGGGUAUUAUCAUUUUGGUAAAUAAUCAUUAGAUUACUGUUACUGUACGAUAACAGCCAUGUACUAUGUAUAUCCUAACGAAUCUUGCUCAAUGACACAAAAUUGAAUAAUAUUUUAUGGAAUCAAAGUAACCAGUAGACAUAAAGGCCAAUAACAAUGAUUUGUAUUAACAAUUCUAACAUGGUUUGGCACCAUUAUUCAAUUAUCAAAGUUGAGUGGGCUAUGCAGCCAUUCACUAUAUUUUCAUUUCAUAUGUACUUUGUUACGUUUUGUUUGUAUUGUCUUUAUAUUGUAUGUGGGAGGUGAAUACAUUAUGAUGCCGCACCCUCGAAUAAAGCAAAAUAAACAGGAAAAAUAAGUGCCGAAUGAAAACGUUACUUAUCAUGAAUGACAAAUACAAAUAAAGACGGCAUAGUAUCUUCUUUA